CUAAAACCCUCCCCCUUUCCGCAGAAGCCGAACUUGGAAAUUUAUCCCUCGUAGUCGCCGGCGGCGGCGCUCAUCGCCAGCCCCCAUAAAAACUUUAGAAACUUCUCCAUAUCGAAGUAAAUAAAAUUGAUCUAGGGCUCGGAAAAGCUUAGCACCAGAGGCCUCUCAUGGCGGCAGUGGACCCCACUCGGGCCUUCGUCCAGGGCGUCAAGCGUAUCGUCAUCAAAGUAGGGACUGCUGUUGUAACUAGAAUUGAUGGAAGGUUGGCGCUUGGGAGGUUAGGGUCUCUCUGCGAGCAGGUCAAAGAACUGAAUUCUCGAGGAUUGGAUGUGAUUUUGGUAACAUCUGGUGCGGUGGGUGUUGGUCGACAGAGGCUUAGAUAUAGGAGAUUAGUCAACAGCAGCUUUGCUGAUCUUCAAAAACCUCAAAUAGAGCUAGAUGGAAAGGCAUGUGCUUCUGUUGGUCAGAGUGGUCUCAUGGCACUGUAUGAUGCAUUAUUUGGUCAGUUGGAUGUCACGCCAUCUCAACUUCUUGUGACUGAUAGCGACUUCAAGGAUCCAGAUUUCAGGAAGCAGCUAACUGAAACCGUGAAUACAUUGUUAGGGCUUAAGGUUAUUCCUGUUUUCAAUGAAAAUGAUGCCAUCAGUACGAGGCAAGCUCCAUACGAGGAUUCUUCUGGUAUAUUCUGGGAUAAUGAUAGUUUAGCAGCUCUCUUGGCUUUGGAAUUGAAAGCAGAUCUCCUUGUUUUGCUUAGUGAUGUGGAGGGCCUAUAUAGUGGUCCUCCAGGUGAACCUUAUUCUAAGAUUAUUCAUACUUACAUAAAGGAAAGACAUCAGGGUGAAAUAACCUUUGGGGACAAGUCCAGGGUAGGAAGAGGGGGAAUGACUGCCAAAGUUAAGUCUGCAGUCUAUGCUGCCUCUGCUGGCACUCCUGUCAUAAUCACCAGUGGUUUCGCAGCAGAUAGCAUAAUCAAAGUACUUCAAGGAGAGAGGGUUGGUACCCUCUUCCAUAGGGAUGCAGCUUCGUGGGCACUGCCAAAAGAAGCAGGUGCACGUGAAAUGGCAGUUGCAGCACGAGAGUGCUCCAGGCGACUUCAGAGCAUGUCCUCAGAAGAUCGAAGAACAAUUUUGCUGGAAAUUGCUAAUGCAUUGGAGGCAAAUGAAAAAUUGAUCAAAAUUGAAAACGAGGCUGAUGUAGCCGUUGCGCAAGAAGCUGGGUAUGAGACGUCACUGAUAUCUCGAUUGACUUUAAAGCCAGGAAAGAUAUCAAGCCUUGCCAACUCCAUCCGCACCCUUGCCAACAUGGAAGACCCAAUAGGUCAAAUUCUAAUGAGAACAGAACUUGCAGAUGGACUAAUUUUAGAGAAGACAUCAUGUCCUUUGGGAGUUCUUCUAAUUGUUUUUGAAUCACGACCUGAUGCCUUAGUUCAGAUUGCAUCUUUAGCAAUUCGGAGUGGAAAUGGUCUUCUACUGAAAGGUGGGAAGGAAGCUGCUAGGUCUAAUGCGAUAUUACAUAAGGUGAUUGUUGGAGCCAUUCCUGAUAAUGUUGGUAAAAAGCUUAUCGGGCUUGUAACAUCAAGAGAUGACAUUCCUGAUCUGUUAAAGCUUGAUGAUGUGAUCGAUCUUGUGAUCCCGAGAGGCAGCAACAAACUGGUAUCUCAAAUAAAGGAGUCUACCAAGAUUCCUGUUCUAGGUCAUGCUGAUGGAAUUUGUCAUGUUUAUGUUGACAAAUCAGCUAAUAUGGAUAUGGCAAAGCGCAUUGUUUUAGAUGCCAAGAUAGAUUACCCUGCAGCCUGUAAUGCUAUGGAGACGCUUUUAGUCCACAAGGAUCUCAUGAAGACUAAAGGACUUGAUGAUAUAAUUAUGGAGCUUAGAGGUGGAGGUGUUGCUCUUUAUGGGGGACCCCGAGCAAGUGUGGAAUUAGAGAUUCCAUUGACGCAUUCCUUUCAUCAUGAGUACAGCUCCUUAGCUUGCACAAUAGAAAUUGUUGACGAUGUACUUGCUGCAAUUAACCAUAUACAUUGUCAUGGAAGUGCACAUACCGACUGCAUAAUCACUGAAGAUCUCGAAGUAGCAGAGACUUUUCUUAAUCAGGUUGACAGUGCUGCUGUCUUCCACAAUGCAAGUACACGUUUUUGUGACGGGGCUCGUUUUGGGCUUGGUGCAGAGGUGGGUAUAAGCACAAGUAGGAUCCAUGCUCGAGGCCCUGUCGGUGUCGAAGGCCUGCUAACCACACGAUGGAUUUUAAAAGGAAGCGGGCAAGUGGUUGACGGAGAUACAGGUGUAGAAUACACCCACAGGAAUCUCCCUUUGAAAUAAACUGUUGAAGAUAUUACUCAAAGGCGUCGCAAUUCUAGGUGGAAGAUACGUCGAGCAAGGGUGCUAUCUCUGUUGUUUCUUGUUCAAGGAGCCGGUUUUCAACUCGAUAACAAGAUUUCUUUCAUCGAGUAUGGAGUAUUGAUGUAACAAAAUGUAUUGAUGUAUUAAUGUAUCGGUGAAACUGAGGAAAAUUCGGCUUAGAGAGGGGUCCUUUCAUGCCUAGUGUGCUAUUUUUGUUGUGUCAGUGAUCAAUGAGGCAUGCUACUUUUGUUGUUGACAAAUUUAUUUAUCAAGGCCCAGUUUCAAAGUAAAGACAAUUUUUCUUUCCUUGAA